AUGGCGGGGGAGCAGGGCCCCACGGAGACCGGCGAGGUGGUCGAGCCCGAGAGGUUGCUCUGCCCGAUCACGCAGAUCAUGUUCAGGGACCCCUGCUUUGUGACGGAGAGCGGCAACACCUACGAGCGAUCUGCCGUCGAGAGAUACUGGGCGACCCAGGCGCAGCCGAAGGACCCGCUCACGAACAUGCCGGUGCUGGACACGUCGCUGCACCCGAAUUGGGGCACUCGGCGGGAGGUGCAAGGCUUCCUGGACGACCACCCCGGCUACGUGCCGCAGGGCUGGCCGGACCGCACAGUGCCGGGCCCCGCCCCAGCGCGAGCGGGGGCCUCCGCGGCCGCGCCGCGCUGCAGGGCGCUCGCGUGCGCGGUGCUGUCCGUGCUCCUGCUCUGCGGCGUGGCCCACGUCCUCCUGGCGGAGGAGAGAAGACCACAAGCUGCUGAGCAAGCGGCGAGGCACAGAGAGGGCCACGCGCCGGGCUACACCGUGGAGCUGCGUCCCCCGGCGGGCUCCAAGAUGAACGCCACCAACGAGGACGGACAUCUCAUUGUCUCGCUGCCCGCCAAAGGCUUGACGUCCGAAGGCCUGAUGACGUUCGGCUUCUCGGUCUUUUGGCUCGGCUUCACGGCCACCUGGACCACGGGUGCGCUGCGCGGCGGUGCGCCGCUCCUGUUCGUGGCGUUCUCGCUGCCCUUCUGGGGCGUGGGCGUCACCCUGUUCGCCACAGCGCUCAAGGACCUGUUCGUCCAGGAGACGCUCGACUUGGGCGCCGACGCGUACGAGAUUUCCAGGAGCAUCUUCGGCCGCAGGGUUGGCGGCCACUUUGGGCUCGUGGACGACCUCCAGGGCGUCCCGGUCCGCGCGUGCAACGGGGACUCCUGCCAGCUCGUCUUCGAGCACGGCGUGCAGGACCACAUAUUCGGCGAUGGUCUGCUCGUCAGAGAGGCUGAGUGGCUGCAGAAGGAGGUGCAGCGCCUGCUCAACGCCUCCUCCGCGGAGAAGCCACGGGCAGACCGCUUCGGGGGAGCUCCACCCAGUCGAGAUGUCCGUGCACACCACGAGAUGGACGCCUUCGACCACCACCGGCACAUGGGGCACGCGGGCGUCGGGGGGGUCCACUUCCAGGUCGGUGGCCCCUUCGUUGUCGGGUUCCGUUGA